AUGGACGGGAGGAGUAUUCUUGAUUCUCUUGAAGCCGAGCUCGAGGAGAUUUACUCCUUAUCUUCGUCGUCACAGACAGGAGAGCCGCGCGUCGACGUCCAGAUCAUGCAGCUCGGGGACAUUCGCUCCUUACCUUCGUCGCCGCAGGCAGAAGCGACGCGGCGACGCUGCAUCUCUCGCGUACCGGACGUCCUGAAGGGACUCACCACCGUCGACGCCUUCGCUCCUCAGCUCGUCUCUUUGGGGCCUUACCACCACGGCCAGGCCCGCCUAAGGGCCAUGGACUACCACAAGGUCCAAGCUCUCUACAAAUACCUCAAUAAAGCCAAUAAGAGUCUGGCUCAAGUCACUGAAGCCAUGAGGCCUCACUUGGAGAGCAUCAAGAGCUCGUACGUCGAGCUUGAUGAGCAGUGGCGGGACGAGGAGAGGUUCUUGAAGCUGAUGAUACUCGACGGGUGCUUCUUUCUGGACGCAAUGGUUUGGAAAAACACACCUUUGAGCCCUUACAUGGUUACUAGGGUUAAUAUGGAUAUGCUGAGACUUGAAAACCAGCUGCCUUUGCUUGUUCUGGCUUUCUUGAUCGAGCACGGCGGUAACGAGGAGCAGGACGAGCAAGCCUUCAAGAACCUGUUCAGAGGAUUAACCCAGAACAAUUCAGGCCAAGGCAGCAUAACCGAUAUGGGCAUGCACCACCUGGACUUAAACAGGAAAUGUCGGACCUCUGCAGGUGCUUACCUCUACAACUCCGGCCACGGCGUUCUGCCCGCGACGAAGUUAAAGCAGUCAGGGGUCCGCCUCGCCCGAAGCAAAUCCAGCAGCUUCAAGGAUAUCAGCUUCAGCAACGGCGUCCUGAGGCUCCCGUUCCUGGAGUUCAUGGACAACACCGAAACCCUCCUCCUCAAUUUUCUGGCGUACGAGCAGAUAUUCGACGUAGACAACGCGGUAACUUCCUACGCAUUUCUCAUGGACAACCUCAUCGACACGGCCGACGAUGUCGUGCUUCUCAGAGAGAGAGGGGUAUUCAGGGUUUCGGUAGGGAGCGAUGAAGACAUCGCUACCCUUUUCAAUAGUUUAACAAAGACGCUAGCGUUGAACAAUUUGAUUUUUAUUGCUUGCUCUUACGGUGGAACGAUUAAGUAUGGAAUGAAUAAUAUGCCAAUGUACGUCGGAGGGAUGACAAUCCCGUUAAUGAUAUCGGAAUCAUACAGUUACAUUGACUUGGUUAAUGAAUUGCAUGGAGUUACGACAAUUGACCCACGAGAUUGCCGGCUAAAAAUAAUAUGCAAUUGGCCGAUAACUUAUGAUAGAACGUCCGCCGUUGAGAUCUCAAACGAUCAUUCCAUGAGUAUUUUGUUUAAUUUGAGCAAGUCACAACCAACGGUAGAAUUGUUUAUUGAAACGGUGCCACAUAGUACGGGCCGAAUAUUCAACCCUCCAGGAGAAUUUUCACGCAUGUUAGAUUUGGAAGUUGAGUCUGAAGGCUUUCUUUCUUCUUCGAGUGAAAUACAGCGGACUCAAUUUCAAUAUAAGGGUGGUGCACCUUCAUAUGAAGAGGGUGAAAGAAGCGACGCCUCUGAUGGUGAAGAUGAAGAUAGUGCAACACUUGACAACAUGCAAUUUGUGGGUGAAGAUGAUGAAGAGAAUCUGGAUUGGCCAGAUAAAGCUUAUGUUAAUAAUGAAUAUGUGGAGUACGAAGAACCACCCCCCGACGAGUUUGAGGAUGAUGAGUGGGUUCGUUCUUCCACAGCACAUGAUAUCCGCAUUGGUGAAAGUUCAUCCAAUAGAGGAGAUGAUGAGGAGGUUCCUUUCAGAGUUGGUGAAUUAUUUGAGACUAAAGACCAAUUGGUAGAUGCUAUUCGUGAUUACUCAAUCAAAAAGUUGGUCAAAUUCAAGCAAAUUAAAAGCAAUCGUACAAGUUAUGAGGCAAUCUGUUUUAUGAAUACACAAAGGCAAGGUCGGGCAGAGGGGAAUGAAUCUGAUUACGCAUGUCCUUGGAAGUUAUAUGCAGUUGCCGGAAAGAAACAUAAUGAGUAUUUUAGGGAUCAAAAGAAGCAAUCCUGA